UGGGAAACUACUCAAAAUUGCCCUUCAUUACAAUUUAAUGCACAAAUAUCUUAUCCAAAUCUGUGUAUUAGAUGUACACAAAUUCAUAAGCCUUGUAACGGUAAUUAUGCAUUAUGUUAUAGGUUUCCAUGGCAUCUUUUUUCAGAUAGAGAUAAUAUUGUUUUAUCUGAUAAAGAUGCUAUAGAAAUUAAAGGUGUCCCAUCAUUUCAAACUUUUGACAAUCCAACACCCGCAUCUCAACCUUUGCCACUAAAUGAAUCUUUAUUAAUCAUACCUUCUAUAAAUCUUGAAAUUGGAGAAAGGGAAUCUAAAGAUUUAGCAAUAAUGGUUAAAAUUCAUAAAGAAGGAAAACCUUAUAGAGAAGUAGUAAUGGAGUUGGAUACUGGCUCAGAUGUUACUUGGAUUACCUCUGCAUUAUUUGAUUUUUUAAAACUUAAAAAAAUUGAAUCAGAUGAAAUAAUUUAUGGGCAUAGUGGGUAUGAAAUUCCUGUUGUUUGCAAAGCGGAGGUCAUUAUCAAAAUUAGAAAAGUUAAAUCAAAAAUUAUAGUUUAUGUAAAUAAUGACAUAAAUUAUUUAAAUGAAUAA